CUGGCUCUGAUGGUGAUCAGUCUGCUGGAGACAGUUUUCAUCACCAACAUCCAGUGUAGCUCCAGUAACUACCCGGCUGUUCCCCGCUGGCUCAGGCUCAUCGUCCUGGACUACUUGGCCCGCCUUGUACAUCUGUACCAGCCUCUCGGACACCAGCACGGCAAAAGCCUCGAGGUCAAACUACAGCCAGACGUUGCCAAUCACACCCCAUUUGAAGCAGAACCCCCAAGCACCCUUCCACCAAUGGUGGAGCCCAUCCUGGUGGAGCUCAGACAGCUGUGUACCGACCUGGAAGCCAUCCGCACCCAGAUAGACAAGCACUUCCUGGGGAACGAAAACACAAGCGAGUGGGUACACAUUGGGAAGGUGUUGGACAGGCUGUUGUUCCUUCUCCACAUUGUCUUCAUCUCUGUCAGCUUCAUCACCAUCAUCUGCGUCUGGAGCUUGUGGUACCGACUAGUCCCGGGCAAAUAUUAA